AAUGGCUGCUACCUUACGUCCUUAUCUGAAUGCCGUCCGUGCGACUCUCAAUGCGUCCAUGUGUGUGAAAAAUUUUGAUUCCCAGGUGGUGGAAAGGCAUAACAAACCUGAAGUGGAGGUCCGAAGCAGUAAGGAGCUGCUUCUAACGCCAGUCAUCAUCAGCCGAAAUGAAAAAGAGAAGGUGCUCAUUGAAGGUUCCGUCAACUCUCUGAGAAUCAGCAUUGCUGUGAAACAAGCUGACGAGAUUGAAAAGAUCCUGUGCAAGAAGUUCAUGCGUUUUAUGAUGAUGCGUGCCGAAAACUUCUUUAUCCUUCGAAGGAAGCCAGUUGAGGGAUACGACAUAAGCUUCCUCAUCACCAACUUUCACACGGAGCAAAUGUUCAAGCACAAGCUUGUUGAUUUUGUUAUUCAGUUCAUGGAGGACAUAGACAAGGAGAUCAGUGAAAUGAAGUUGGCUGUCAAUGCUAGGGCGCGUAUUUGUGCAGAAGAAUUUCUCAAGAAUUUUUAGAGUUGAAACUUGUACAGAUUAGCACCAUUCAACAAACUCAGUUCAAACUUUAAAAGGAGUUUUUCAAUUCAAAGAUUUGUUUUGUAAUUAACACAGCAGAAUAUUUUAAAGUUAUGAUUGUUUCAGACAUAUUGCAGUGAACUCACAACAUGAGGGAAACAUCUAUUAUAACACUUUAAAAUUAAAGUAGAUGUUAUUGUCUAUUAAAAUUUUUUUUGUGUGUGGUCUAUUUGAUAGGCAUGCUAGGGUUGUCACACCUCGCAGAGAGAGUUCUUAACUAUCCUGAGUCUUCCAAAACAUAGCAUAGUCUGUAACUCUUCUACCAUUUCAUUUAACAGAUUCAAGGAGAUUCAAAUGACCAUAUGAUCCAAACCCUGAAUAUUAUGAACUUACAAUGUACUUGUGCUUGAAACCUCAAGUGUGAAUUUGUGGUAUUGUGUAACUGUGUAUUUUACCAUUUUGUACUGAGGGGCUGUUAGAGAUCCUAUGUUGAUUGUAAACUUCUCAAGAAAUGUUUUUCCUCAGAACAUUGCCCUGCUGUUUGCUUUCCAGUUUUGUGCUUAAUUUUGGAGAAGAUCCAAAUUUUGAAGCAUUGUAUUUCAAGUAACUUAUGUUCUGCUUCAGUAAGACUCCUUCCCAAUAAAAUUCUUGCAAACAAAGUUGAUAUAAGGGUGAAACAUUGUCACAAUUGGAUACAAAACUAGAGCAAGAGCACUCCCCACUCUUCUUCCAAGGACUGCUUGAAGUGAAAUACAAAACUAUCACUCAUGAAAGUGAUAAAGUCCUUAUGAUCAUAUCUAAAGACUCUAUUAAGCUAGUUGCCUUUUUUUAACUGCAAUAACCGGCGCCCUGAUUUUGUUCUUUGUGUCCAGUAGGACAGCAGUUCUCUAAUGUCCUAUAGUCACUUGGAAGCUAGAGUUAUUGUCCCUUUGAAUGGGAGAAUAAACCAUGGAAUGAACAUAGCAUCCUAUUAAUAGGUGCAGCUUAUCAAAAGUAGUCUCCAGUUGUGUCAUUGUACAGAUGGGAAACGAUCAAUGAAGGGG